AUGGGAGUCCUAGCCAUCCCCGCCGCCGAGCUGCUCCCUGAGCUCACCAACUCCGACAUGGACGGCACCCCUCUCGCCAUCCGUGACGACAAGGACUGGCUCAUCGUCGAUGCCACCACCGGCAACUGGUCCGCUUUCUGCAUCAAGGACUUCGACCCUACGGCCGGUAACGGCAAGAAAGCCGUGACCACCGAAAUCUCCGUCGGCAUCGAGUACCUUCGCGGCGUCCCCGGCCAGCCGCUCGAGCUGCACCGCGGCUGCGGCCAGGUCAGCUGCAGUUGGAACAGCGCCAUAUACUGGUGCAACGAAGAGAAGGACCACGGGUUGCGGCUGAAGCAGUACGGCGAUAUCGCGGAUGGCGCCAAGGCGGUCAUUGAUAAGUGUGCAAAGGGCGCGGGCGUUGUAGGCAAGGCGGUUACUGGCUGGGAUUUUGUCAUUCCUGUCGGUGGAAAGGCAGAGGGAGAGGGAAAGAGCUUUGAUCCACAGGGAAAGAGCUGGAGUGUUGUUGUUGUGGGCGGGAAGUGCUGA